AUGAUUGAAGAAAUGGAAAAAAUAAAUCACCUCCAGUAUGAACACGUCCAAAAAUACAUCGAUGUCUUAAGCGAAAACGACGUAUACGAAGAAGUCAUAAAUCACAAAAUUCACCUGUACAAGAAGGGGAAUGAAACAGAGAAGCUGAAAAAGCUGGUAAAGCUUCAGGCCUUUUUGAACCCUUAUAUUAUAAGCCAACGGAAGAAGAAGGCUAAAGGGAAGGUGGAAUAUAUGAUUGCUUGUAUUCUUAAGGGGGAGAAUAUCGACCAAAUCAUUACGGACAUGUUUAAGAAAAAGCUCAUUGACGUCUACGUGCUGACCUUCAUCGAUGACAAGGUGAUGGAGGCGCACGCCAAGUUGGUGGGGGGCGGCAUUAGCAAGGUUAACGAGGUUAGCGGCGGGAGCGGUGUUACCGGCGUUGACGAGGGGAGUAGUAGUAGCAAUGUUAGCAGCGUUGACGGGGGGGAAGAACUCGGCGGAGCGGACCAAAUGAGCAUGACGGAGAAAAUCCUAAGGAUGCUGAAAGACCGCAUCGUGGCACAGCAGAAGCUGCAAGUCAAAGGCACCUUCGACUUCACUAGGAUAGUUUUCCUCUCCACCACCCUCGACAUGAGUGAAGAUAGGCAGCCCAUAAUCAAAUCCGCCAUUAGGACCAUAGAGCAGCUGGAAGAAUUUGAGCUGUAUUUGCUGGACGCACUGGACUAUGCAGAGACGAACGAGAAAAUGAAGCAGUACGUCCCGCACUUGGAGCUGCUACUAAGCACAUGUAAAAAAAUGAACCCCGUCUUUAAUCAGCUUCUAAACAAACAGACCGAAAACGUUCGCUUCUUCCCCGAUAAGAUUGACAUGUCGCAGUUUAAGGAGCUGUAG